CCCCUUUUUUUUUUCCGCACACACACUUGCCAAGAUGAACUCUUUCGUGUGGGAAAACGUCGACACGCUGCUCAAGAAGCCCCCUGUUGUGGUGCCCGAGCCUAUCCCGCCUACCUUGCAUCAUCCCGAGGCUUUGACUCACAAUGGUCAUCUCAUCCUGUGGAUCGUCUUUGGCCUCUUCUCCGUCGGAACCGUGGCUUCCUUUGCCGUGACUUACCGCGAGCCUUAUCGUCGUCGCUUCUUGCCUUCUCUUGGUCUCCUGGUCAACAUUAUCGCCACGAUUGCCUACUUUUGCAUGGCCUCUGGAAUUGGCGGCACCAUCGUUCACUCUGGUGGACCUCGUUCUGCCAAGCGAGAGGUCCUCUACGCUCGCUACAUCGACUGGCUCUUCACCACUCCCCUUCUGCUUACCGAGCUGACCUUUUUGGCCGGUCUUCCCGCCGCCGAGAUUGCCAGCACUGUGGUGGCCGAUGUGAUCAUGAUUGUCACUGGUCUCUUGGCAGCUCUGCACCCUUCCCUUCGUUACCGAUGGGGACUGUUCACCUUCUCCCUGCUCGCUUUCCUCUUUGUGCUCUACUCGCUCGUGGGCAAUGCCAGAUCCAACGCUUUCCUGCGCGGCAACAAGGUCGGAACGCUCUACAACUACUUGUCAGGCGUGCUUGUCGUUGCCUGGUCUGCGUACGUCGUUGUUUGGGCUCUUGGCGAGGGUACGGGCAUCAUCUCUGCCGACUCCGAGGUGCUCGCCUAUGGCAUUCUCGAUGUCCUCGCUAAGCCGGUGUGGGGCCUUGCACUUGUGCUCGCUCUUCCCACGGAGGCUGAGGUACUGCUGCCAGCUUGGGCUGCCACCCCCGGUGGCGGCUACGGUGCUGUUGCUUCUAGCGAGACGGCAGCCUAAGCUUCACACUGCGCUCCACGACAGUGGGACAGCGAAAUCUGCCGAGAAUUUCCGACGCAAUCUUCUUGUUCGCGGUUUUUUCUCUUCUUUUUGCCUGGCAUCUGCAAAGCAAGUGGAAGCUGAUCACGUCGGGAGUGCACUCUGCUUUCUUCUUUUCUUCUCACUGAAUUUCUGUUCAAAAGGAGCAGUCGUCCCGCUGUGGACAGCUCUUCGCUUCGACCCGCCUCCGCGAACUUUACUUCAACGUAUGUGUAUCACGAUGCUUUCUCAAAUAAGCGAGACUUUGAACGCGUGCUGUCUUAUCAGGCAAGCGAUGAUGCAGCUGCGACUUCGGCGCUAAGAGCAUCCUCGUUAGACAUCGUGUGUUUGUGGCAGUGUGGAGUUUGCUCGUCUCUUUGUCGAGAAGGUGAGAGCCAGUGCGACGAGACGAUGUGCUCGGGGGAA